UGUUAUUAUGAGACUUCCAGUUUUGAGGAAACACGUGUAUAUUUACAACUAUGGAUAGUCAGAAGAAAAUCAAGAAAGUUAUUAAACUUGUGGCAAAAAAUGUCAAGGAUAUCAAAAAUGUGUCAAGGAAAGAUUUAAGUACAGCAUUCCGAUCAGCAAUAAACAAUCUACCAAACACUGAAGUCAGAGAAGAAAUUGAAUACCAGUUUGAGAGUUAUCUGAAUGAGCUACAAAGAAGAGUGUCAAAAGCACAAAAGAAAGAUGAUGAUGUCAGCAAAAGCAGCAAAACUUACCACAUCCUGAAAACAGAAGGAACAUGGAAGGCACCAAAGGGAAUGUCAAGUGAAGAAGAAAAGAAAAUAAGAAGUUGGAUCAUCAGCCAGAAGUUAAGAAAAGGAUUGGGUAUUAAAGAUGACCUACCACUAUUUCAGCCUUAUCAAGAUGACAAAAAAGUUCUUAUGAAGCUAGGCUGCACUUCCUUUCUGCUUCCAAGCCUGAAAAACAUUAUGAAUGUUUACAUGGGAGAUUGCCAAGCAGAUGUGGAAAGAGCAUUGCAAACAAACAAUGUUCCAAGAAUUCAGCAGUUGGCUGAUUUUAUGGAAGAGUGUUUAAAGUGGUUUGGCAUGAAAUACAGAGACAUUAAGGACAAGAAGGAGAAAUCCCAGCCAACAUAUGGAGAUAUCAUGGCCUGUUUCUGUUCUAUGUACAUGGACAUGAAAACAGUUCUAUCAAGAAAUUUAGAAAAGAAGGAGAAGAAAAAGAUGGCAAGAAAUCUCUGUGGAUUUGUGAGUUUUCUGGUUCCUGAUGAGGUCAAAGUGGAUGUAUUAAUACAGAUGACAGAAUUCACAUCUGAAGAUGGAAAGUUCAUAAAGCCAUUUGUAGAAAAAUAUUUAAAGGACCCCAAAAUUGAAGGAGACUGUAAAGCCUAUCUCAAACACAUGCUCUGCAUUGUUCUGCUGAGUAAGAAAUUGCCUGAUGUCAUACAGGAAUACAAACUGGCUGCGCAAAGAAUCCCAGCUCCUAGUGAGUUCAUGUCCUGGAUCUCGACAGAAAGCCCAGCACUGAUGGAUUCCAUACCAACAGACAGGAAGUUUGUCGGCAGCCAUAUCACAAGAUUUCUUCUGGAGGAUUUAGAUGAAGAUCUUGCAGAGCAAUUUUUAGACGUGUUAGUCAUUAGAGGUGAUGAAGAGACCGACACUUCAGAGGAAGUAAGUACACAGACUCCAGAUGUGGUGCUGGUAGAAGACACUGAGACAAAGAAUGAACCCAGUAGUUCCACCCUACCUGUCGAUUUCUUCUUCAUUGAUAAAGGCAAACCAAAGGUAGAUCCUGUUGAUGUUUUAGAAGAUGAUGAAAAGAUGGAGGAUGAGAUUUCGGAAGCUGAUUCUGGCAAAGGUUCCAAUACUCCUGUGAUCCUUUCUGAUAGUGAGGAAGCUGAACCUGCCGUAGUACUGGAAGAUGCCCUGGAAGAAAUAAGUAAUGUCCUCCAGAAUGCUGAAAUGGAAGAAUCAGAACAUGAAAGUGAAAGCGAAAGUGAAAAGGAGGAGGAAGAUGUAGGAAUUUUAGAAACAGUGGACAAUUCUCUAGACAGUGGUCAGAGAGAUGUUUUCAAAGGCACAAACAAAAUGGAUGAUGUUGAGCUUCAUUCAGGUUCUUCAAGAAAAAAUUCAGUGUCAGAUACAGGCAAAGCAAAGAUCAGAACAGAGGAUGAGGAAGAUGCAGCUGAGGUUAAAGAAUUAGAAAAUAUUGAGUCACCACCAAAACCUCCAGUUACAUCCCUAAGGACUCGAUCAAGAAGUACAUCAUCAGUAAGCUCUCAAAGUUCAAAGGCAGACAAGAGGAAAAAGAAUAAACCAACCAAAGGUUCAGAUAUUGAGGCUAACAGUUCUGAGUUCAUUAAAUCAAAAUCACCUUCAAAGUCCAUUCCAUCUAAAGGAGACAAAGGGAGAGAGAAGAAAGGGGUCAGAGGGAAAAGUGAUGUAGAAUCUGAUGAGAAUAAACAGUUCAAAGGAACUAAAGAGAAGAAAAUGGUCAAAGAGAGCGAUGAUGUAAAGUCUGAUGAGAAUGCAGUAGAAAGCGUGGUGUCUGACUCUUGUGAUUCUGAUGAGAAUGAACAGUUCAAAGGAACUAAAGAGAAGAAAAUGGUCAAAGAGAGAGAUGAUGUAAAGUCUGAUGAGAAUGCAGUUGAAAGCGUGGUGUCUGACUCUUGUGAUUCUGAUGAUGAAGAAGACAAUUUUAAAAUUCCAAACAUCAUGCCAAAUGAUAAAUCCAGAAGCAUAUCAAAAGUCAGAAGGGAUAAGAAAGCAGAAGACUUCAUGUCACCUAUUAUUCAAAAUAUCAGGGUUAAACCUAUCAAGAAGAACUCUAGGAAAAGGAUUCUGGUAGAGAAGGAUGCUCCUAAAAGUGACACUGAAGCAGAAGGUGGGGAGGGUUUCACUUCAAUAAUAACACCACUGAAAAAGUCCAAGAAAACUGAGAAAGAGGGGAAGAAGGAACUCUCUACCAAGAAAGAAGAGAAGGAGGAACUUCCUAUCAAGGAAGAAGAUGAGAAGAAGGAACUACCUUCCAAGGAGGAAGAUGAUCAAAGGACUAGGAGGAGGUCAAGAAGGAAAACUACCUCAGAUCUGCCAUUACACAGCAAGUUGAAGGACACAAAGACCAAUGCAAAGAGAAAAUCAUUAAUGCCAGGCUUGGACUGUACACCAGAGAAGAAUUCAAAGAUAACUGAGUACUUUUUGAGAACACCGAUUAGAACUAAAGGACGGGUGAUAUGUAGAGAUGAAGAGACAAAUUCCGAAGCAUCUAUACAAAGUGAAUUGAGAGCUGGAGAGGGUGAAAAGAACAAGAAAACUGAAGUAGAGAAAUCUGUGGGAAAAGUGAGAACAAGGAGACAGUCAGGAAAAGAAGAUACUGCAAAUGAUCCAAAACAAAGGAAAAAGGACACUAAAAAAGCAAUGGAGAGUGAAAAGAUUGAAGAAGAGGAGACUGUAGGAAAAGGAAGAAGUAGGAGACAAUCAGGGAAGGAAGAUACUGGGAGCGAUUCAAAUCAAGGAAAAAAGGGCAGUAAAAAAGCUAUGGAUAGUGAAAAGAUUGAAGAAGAGAAUAAUGAAGGAAGAGUGAAAUCAGUGAAAACUAGGAAACAAUCUGAGAAAGAAGAUACUACCACUACUGCAAAGAAUUCAAAAGAAGGUAAAAAGGACAGUAAAAAGGCUACAGAGAGUGAAAAAAUUGAAGAAGAGGAGUUUGAAGGAAAAGUGAAAUCAGUGAAAACCAGGAAACAAUCUGAGAGAAAAGAUACCACUACUUCUAAGGAUUCAAAACAAGGAAAAAAGGACAUUAAAAAAGCUACAGAGAAGAAAUCUAGUGAGACAGAGCCAACAGCUAAAAAGUCACCGCAGGUACGCAGGAGAAUAUUAAGGAGCAGUAUGAUUUUUAUGGGAGAUCAAAUAGAAAUUAUGGAGACUCCGUCUUCUAGUAAUGAUAGUGCUCCACUAGAAUCCCCAAAGAAAGCUACCCGAUUAUCUAAGAGAAUUUGAUGCUGGUUUUAGAUUGUCAGAUGGGUCACACUGUGUUCAUAACUUCGAAUUGUGUUUGCAUGUUAGCACUAAAGUUAACCAAUAUCAAGCAAGAUAUCCAAAAUAUGCAUUGCAUUUCAUCAUAAUCUUUAAAAAAAAAAUGAAAUUCCAAGAUGGUUGCAAAUACACUGUAAAGUUAAUGCUUAAUAUAUGGGGGGGGGGGGGUUGAGUUGAAUUUGAGAGAAUCACAAUGUUAAUCUAGCUUUAGUCAAAAGCAACUAAGCAAAGCAUCAUAAUUCACAAAUACGUAUUUUCUGAAAAUUAAUCAAUGGAACAUUAAUUUUCUUAUUCCUCAGUUUUAUUACUCCUAUCAAAUAGAGUUUACAUCUGUUUUUGUCCCUCUAUUUCUGUUUUAUAAAGGACCAAGUACUAUAGA